AUGGAAGAAAAGCUGAGAGGUUAUAUGAGUUUGUUUGCUUCUUACUGCUCCGAGGUAAAUGCUGUCAAAUGUAAGGAGGAGGAUUUGCAGUUUUUGAGAGCAAACGUUAAAAAAAUCAGCCCACUGUUAUCUUUGAAUAAGUGUCGGAAAAUGCUCUUUGAACAUGAAUCUUACGUUAGUGACUUUUCCUUCGCACUUCAAUUUCUCAACGACAGGGUCCUUAGGACACAAAUUGUACUGAUUCUUUCCAAAUUGGUGAAAAAAUCUACGCCCCAAUUCCGGAUCACAAUGUUAAUACAAAAAGGGAUUACUAGAGCUCUAUUUCAAGCUCUUUACAUGGAAUACUCUGAAGAAACUCCAAAUGUUGAACUUUUAUUAAAAAUACAUCAGUUACUCUGUCGUCUUGGUCCGAUGGAUAAACGUUUUGGUAUUCGAGCAAGAGUGAGCCAUUGUAUUCCAAUUACAAUCCACCUUCUAAGAAUUCAAGUUGCUCUAUUAAAUUCAUCCAUACGUACAACUCCUUCUAAUUUUUAUAAACAAUUAAAGAAUCUAUCCAAUUUCAAUUUCUGUUAUUCAACAAUGAAUUCAAAUUUUUUUCAAAAUAAUAUUAAACAUCUUCAUACUAUAAAUGAAAUGUUACGUAAUCAUCGUCAUCCUCCUCCUCAUCAUCAUUAUGUAACUAUGCCAACCGUUUCAUCCAUUAUACAACAUAAUUUAAAUAUUAUUUUACAUAUGAUUUAUUUAUAUAUAUCAGAUAAUGGUAAAACAAAUUCUUACUUAUUAGGACGUAAUGGUGUUGUAAAACUUUUAAUACAAUUAAUUAAUUUAUUAUCUGGACUUUAUAUAUAUCGUACAUCAUCUAUUAUGAAUUCAUUAUUAUCCUCAUCGUCCACAGCAACAACACCACCACCGCCGCCAGCAACAACCACAACGGUAACAAGAAGAAAGACAACCGUGUCACCAAUUGAUAUUCCUGAACAGAAUUUUAUAAAAAUAACUAAAAACUCAAUGAAUGAUUACAAUAUAAAUGAAAAUGAAUUGAUUAUGAAUAAUAGUCCAGUGAGAUAUAUUAUAGUUGUCAUGGCAUCAUUAAUGAAAGGAUUGGUGAAAUCUCUUGAUCAUAAUGAAAAUCAAUCAUUUCUUGAAUUAUUAACAGAAUAUGGUUUACAUAAUAAUUCUGAUUUAAUAAAUUCAAUUAUAUCAUUAAUUACAUCUACGCCUACAUUGAUUGCUAUUGGUGUAAAGCGUAAUAUUCAUUUACUUCGUCUUCUAGUGAAUACAUUAUAUUGUCUUACUAAAUAUAAAAAUAAUGCUGUACGUGCUAACAAUAAUAAUGCAGUCCCAUUACUAUUGGAUUUAUUCCUUGAUAUACAUCGAUGUGAUUUACAGUGGCGUUGGAUUGAUCUGCAAAAAAGCUUGUUGAAUUGUUUAAAACUAUUGACAGAAACAAAUUCUGGACGUAAAGCUUUAAUUAAAUGUAAUGGAUUUCAUACAUUAUAUGCUAUUUGUAUUGGUUAUAUAGGACCUGAUCCACUUAAUCGAACUAAACAUGUUAUCUUAUCAAAAAUUAUUUCACAAUAUAAAACUAUGAAAUCUUCUACUCAUCAUAAUGAACAAAUAGAUCCAAAUAUUAAUCAAUAUAAUCAAUUACAUUGUAAAACACGCUUAGCAACAACAACAACAACAAUCAUGGAUACUGUUGAUAGAACAUAUUCAUCAUUAAUAAAUAAAAGGUUACAUAUAGAAAAUGUAUAUUCUAAUAAAAAGAAUAUUGAUUUGUCAACUUGUUCAUCUUCAAUUUCAUCGACUAUCAAAUCGCCAUCAUCAUCAGCAGCAGCAACAGCAGCAGAAGCAUCGUCAUCAUCAUCAACUUUAUCUUCUUAUAAAACUAUCUGUAGAAAUGUGAAUCAACUUGAAAUGGAUAAAUCGUACAUCUUUGAUAAUGAUCCAAAUAGAAUUCAUAAGCAAUAUCGAAUAUAUUCUGAUCCAAUUAAAAUUCUAAUACAAAUAUGUAUAUUAUUACGUCGUUGUAGUCCAAGAUGUAGUUUACCAAUAAUUAGUGCUGAAAAUAUUCUUAAUUGUUCAUUACCGUCUAAUGACGCAUCAUCGGCUUCGUUGUUACGUCGCAAUUCAGAGCCACUGAUUCAAAAAGAUAAGUCCACUUCACCUGGAAUUGAAAAAUCCAAUACUGCCAAACCUAAACUUCAUCAACAAAUAUCUUGUUCAACUAAUAUUUCAAAUAUGAAAAAGAAGUUAUGUGAAACUUCACUCCUACACAAAUCUUCCUCUAUUCAUGAUGAUGAUGAUGAUGAUGAUGAUGAUGAUGAUGAUGAUGAUGAUGAUGAUGAUGAUGAUGAUGAUGUAACCAACAAUCGAAAAUCUUCAUCACAACAAAUGAAUUCAAUUAAUUUUAUAAUGAAUAAUCCAUUUAUUGGUGUAACAUCAUCUAAUGAUUCUAAAUUAUUAUUAUCAUUAUGCAACACUACUACUACCGAUACUACUACUACUACUACUACUAAUAGUAGUAGUAGUAAUAAUAAUAAUCCCAAGGUUAUUCGGAAGAAAUCCAUUGAUAAUCGGAAACAAUUAAUCAAUGUUAAUAAUAAAGGAAUUACAACUAAAUUAAAUCAAUCUUAUUACUAUGAAGUUAAUUCUCUCAUUAAUAAAAGGGUACCUAAAAUCACCAAUAUGAAUUCCAAAAACCUUCAUAGUAAAUCAAUAAACGAUCUGUAUACAAAUAACCAGGUAUACAAUAAUUCAUCAAUAGACACAUUCAUCAGUCAGUCUUGUACAGAAUUAGCAAAUACACAACAAUUGAAUAAAUUAUGUCGUAUACAGAAACUGAAGAUUCUAAGAAGAGGAGAAGAUGAGAAUUCGAAUCAAUCUGAGAAGCAACAGGAUUUCAAUGGUGCAAUAAGUGAUAAAUUACCCGUUACCGGUGACAAAUUCACUUCAUAUCAACAGAUCAGUUCAUCUAAUACAUCAUUAAAAUCACCAGAAAUAUUCGAUAUAAUUGAACAGAAUACUCAGAAUAUUGAUGGUGAUGGUGGUGAUGACAAUGACGAAGAAGAAUUGGAAGACGAAGAUGACAACAAUGAUAAUGAAGAUGAUGAUGAUGGUGCUAAUGUAAUUGGACACGAGGAUACCACAACAACUAGUCAACGAUGCACAUUUAGUGAAUUAAUUUCAAGUCAUUUAAAAUUUUUUCCCGAAUGGUUUGAUCUACCCAAUGAAAUACCAAAUAGAUUGAUGAAAGAACAAGUUGAAAAACCAUUUGAUAUGAUGAAUUCUGUCCAUUGGCCUUAUGAAUAUAACUAUUCUAAUGGUAAUAUAACCAUACAUCCUCCUACCAAAGAUAAUACUACUUUGGAAUAUUAUUAUUUUGCUCAAAGAGUAAAAAGUUUAUUACCAUUUAAAAUCAUAGCUUAUCCUGAUUUAAUUGAUGCACAUGGAUCAAUUGAUUGUGAACCAUUUUAUUCAACAGAUCAAUUAAUUGAAAGAUAUUUUAAUCAACAAUCAAAUCUAUCCAAUGAUGAUAUAACUACUUCAUCUUAUUGUAAAAAUAAAUUAUCCCAAGUUAUAUCAACUAUUAAUGAUAAUGCAGAUGAUGAUGAUGAGGAGGAGGAGGAGGAAAAGUGUGCUCAUCUAUCAAACGUUCAUGAAGCUGAUGGCUCCUUUAAUCCGAUCAUCCAAACGAACUCAUCUAUAAACAAUCUAAACAAAACUUCUAAAUCAGUUAAAUUAAAUAAAACUAUGAAUAAAUCAUCAUCAAAUAAUAAUAAUAAUCAGUCAUUCCAUAGACCAUUUAAUAUAUCUGAUAUACCACAUAUAGAAAUACUUGAUGAUCUAAGACGAUUUAUUGAAUCCAAUGAUUUAAUCAACCGUGUUGUAUAUGAUAUAGAUGAAUUAAUUAAAUCUCAAUACCAAUCAUUAUCAUCAAAACAAAUUCAUCAGUCUCAGGAGGAGGAGGAACAACAGCGUCGUCGACGACGACAACAACAACAAGAACAAGGUCAACAUUCGUCAACAUUGAAAAUGAAAUCAAAUCAACGUUUAUUAAAUAGUCAUUUAGAAUAUAAUGUUAGUGAUACAAUUUCAGAAGUCUCAACUAAAUCAUCCAAAAUGAACGUUCUAUCAUCAACAGUUAUAUCAACUUCUUGUGUACAAAUAAUGAAUAAUAAUCCUACUGUAGAUAAUAGUUCGAUAGAUAGUACAAAGUUGACAAGUAAUAAUCAUCAACAGGAUUAUCAUUGCCCUUCUUCAACUAUAUCAUCUUCAUUGGAUAACUUUAACUUAACGAAUCAUGAUGAACUAUUGAUUGGUCAAUUUGACGCUGAAAAAGGUCACUUAGAGUUUGAAUCUCGUUUCGAAUGUGGUAAUUUGAGAAAAGCAAUUCAAGUUCGUCAAUAUGAAUAUGAUUUAAUAUUAAAUCCUGAUAUUAAUACAACUACUUAUUUACAAUGGUUUUACUUUCGUGUAUCUAAUAUGGAAUCGAAUAUUUCAUAUCGUUUCAAUAUUAUUAAUUGUGAAAAAGUCGAUAGUCAAUUUAAUGCUGGUAUGCAGCCUCUUCUUUUCUCAGUUCAUGAAUCACUUCAAUCUCAUCCAUGCUGGCGACGUGUUGGUUCAAAUAUUAUUUAUUAUAGAAACUAUUUUACUCGACCGUCAACUCGUAAAUGUAAUGUGGAUGGUGGAACGUAUUAUACAGCUACAUUCACGAUAUGCUUUCCAUAUACUGGCGAUGUCUGCUAUCUUGCUUAUCAUUAUCCAUAUACCUAUACACGUUUAUUAACUGAUUUAAACAAAUGGCAAAAUAAAAUAUUAAACCAACCAAACAAUAUUUACUUUCGUAUUCAACAGUUAACUUCAACUAUCCUUUCCAAUCCAGUCCCAUUAAUUACAAUAACACAAACUUCGGACUCUUCAGAUGAAUCUACAAAUAUCAGUAAUCAACGUCCUUACAUCAUUCUUACAUGUCGUGUACAUCCAGGUGAAUCAAAUUCUAGUUGGAUAAUAAAAGGUUUAAUAGAACAAUUAUUAUCUAAUGAUAAUAUGAAAAUCAAUGAAUUACGUAAAAUGUUCAUUUUUAAAAUAAUCCCCAUGUUAAAUCCUGAUGGUGUUAUUGUUGGAAAUCAUCGAUGUUCAAUAUCUGGUAAAGAUUUAAACCGUCAUUGGAUUAAUCCAUCAUCUUCAAUUCAUCCAACUAUUUAUCAUACUAAAAUGUUAAUGGAAUUUCUUACAUUUUGUGAACGUUCACCUUAUAUUUUCAUUGAUUUCCAUGGUCAUUCACGUAUGAAGAAUAUUUUCUUAUAUGGAUGUAGUUCCACUGAAUCAUGGUUAUGUCCAGAUAUAAAAAAUCCAACUUAUCGUGGUAUCAAUCAAUUAGAAGAUAAUUCAUAUCGUAAAUUAGCUGAUAUAUUAAAUCAAUUAUCACCAUAUUUUUCAAAACAAUCAUGUUUAUAUAUGGUUAGUAAAGCUAAAGAGACUACAGCACGUAUAGCUGUUUGGCGACAAUUCAAUGUAGUACGCUCUUAUACAAUUGAGGCUUCUUAUUGUGGUAUUCGCCGUAAAUGGUAUGAUAAUCAGUUAAUUCCAAGUAAGAUACAAGAAAAACACCAACAAGAAGAUAAUGAUAAUAGAACAAUAAAAGGAAAACAUUCAAAUGAAUCUGUAGUAGUUAUUGAACAUCAAAUAAGACCAAUUGAUUUAAUGAAUUUUGGUUCACAAUUAUUAAAUGCAUUUUUAUUGUUAUCAGAAGAAGAAACAACAAUAUUGAUGUCAAAUACAAAUAAAACAGUUUCAUCCAUAUCUUCAUCACCAUCUUUAAUGACAUCUUCAAUGUCAUUAUUCAAUGUAUCUUCCCCUGAACAUCCAUCAUCAUCCUUUGAUACAAACAUUAUGCCUCAGUAUGGUGAAGAUGAUACUGACGUUUACGAUGAUACUGAUGAUAAUGAUAAUAAUAACAAUGGUAGCAAUGUAAAUGAGAAACCUAAAAUAUCUUCUAAAUUACAUUGUAGUAAAAGAAAAUAUCAAUCUAAGUUAAAGAAGUUGAAACAACACAAACAAAAAUCAUAA